AGAUUUGUUAUCCAAUUUUCCCUAUAAACAACCCACAACCAACAAACACCAAAACAAGGCAAACAUGUUACACACCACCAAUAAACAAACCCACUUCGUCCUGGUACAUGGUGCAUGCCAUGGAGCCUGGUGCUGGUUCAAGCUCAAACCCCUUCUAGAAGCCGCCGGCCAACGCGUAUCCGCCUUUGAUCUCGCCGCCUCGGGUAUCAAUACCAAAGUGAUACAAGAAGUGGCUACACUUUCUGAUUACACAAAGCCAUUGCUGGAGUUCAUGGCCACCAUUCCGCCUGACGAGAAGGUUGUGCUGGUGGGUCAUAGCCUCGGUGGCAUGAACAUCGCCCUUGCCAUGGAAAAGUUCCCCGAAAAAGUCUCCGUCGCGGUGUUUGUCGCCGCCUUCAUGCCGGAUUCCGACCAUAAGCCUUCUUAUGUUUUAGACCAUUAUAAUGAAGUCACUCCAGCAGAAUCUUGGUUGGAUAUAGAGCUCAUGCCAUACAACGCUGAAACUGAGUCUGAAAUUUCGUUGUUGUUUGGCCCUAAGUUUCUGUCCUCCAAUCUCUAUCAACUUUGCUCUGAUGAGGAUCGUGAAUUAGCGAAAGCAUUGAUGAGGCCUUCGUCAUUAUUUUCAAAAGAUUUAAAGACAAACGCAGAAAUAUUUACAAAAAGGGGAUUUGGUUCUAUAAGACGGGUAUAUGUCGUUUGCGACGAAGAUAACACCAUCAAGAAAGGAUUUCAGCAAUGGAUGAUUGAUAAUAAUCCUGUUGAUGAGGUGAAAGAAUUGAAACAUGUUGAUCAUAUGCCAAUGUUAUGUGACCCGAAGCAACUCAGUGUUUGCCUUCUUAAUAUAGUCGAUCAAUAUGCUUAGUUAACUAGGUGACCCGAAGCAACUCGGUGUUUAAAUUUCUAAUAAUGGUAUGAUGAUUAGGCUAGAAAUAAUGAUUUGUUCUCAUAUCUGUUUUACUUGUAUUUUUUUUGUAAAAUUUUACAACCUCUAAGUUUCAACCAAAUUUCAAGCGUGACAACGGAUAUUUUUUAUGUUUCGGAUUCUAUACAAGUGGUGUUCUUUUGUUAUAA